CCAAUCUUGUUGCUUACAACGUCAAAAACGCUACUAAGGGGAACUGGCGACUGCACCUUGACAGCCCUGUUCCAGGAUUACAUGUAGAAAUAGUCGGGGCAAGUUCAGUUAAUGUCCAUGUGCAGAUGUUUGAGACGACAGAGGAUGGACAAGCCUUUCCCAUCGAGGGCAAGCCGGUGACAGGCAAAGAUGUCGUAUUGGGCGUCUCCAUAUUAAGUGCGACUGGUGUUGGGAACUUUACGAAAGUCACGUUAAUGGAUAUAAAGGGGAAUACCAUCUCUGAGGUGCCUUUAACAUACAUCACGGAGAAUUUCUUGACAGCGUCAGUAACCGUUCCUAACCAGCCUUUCCAGAUACUGUUGACGGGAAUGGACAACGCAGGGAACACCAUUCACCGACUGAUAGAGGACUACUAUGAGCCCCAAGAUUUCAGACUUGAAAUAAAUCAACCAACACCAAUUCGAGCUGACCCAAACGUACCAAUUGAGAUACCUUACACUCUCCACAACUAUGGGAGCUCUGAUGAAAACUUCACGGUUACCAUAACAGAUGCAAGCGGUCUGAUUGAUACCACAUUCGUCGUCACCGCCUCGGCUGCCGGAAAUGGCUCUGGGGUCUUCAUUUUAGAUCUGCAGGGGUUAAACCUAACAGAAAACUUUGACCUUGGGUCACUGUCUGUGGUCAUCACGUCAACUGGUUCUGGAACCGUAUCAACGAACUACAACAGUUUCGGUGUUUACCUGACCAACGAAACAGCAAUAUCAGCCGCAGAUAUUGCGGUGGAAUACAUCUUGCCCACAACUUCACCAGUGACCACGCCAAAAACCCAGGAGUCCACUAGCGACGGAGCAACCGACGACACGGUGUUGAUUGUAUGCGUGGUGAGCGGGGCCGCGGCACUGGCAGGAGUGGCCUCCUUCAUAACACUCAGGCAGUGGCAUAAGGGCUGUGGCAAAGUCGGGCCUUAUAGCUAUCCUAAAGCGAAACCAACGGUCCCUAAACCUAACCUUCGGCGAAAGUUCUCUUUUUCGUAAGACACCAAGCACCGUUCCACAACUUGCACAAAUUGCGGCGUUGAACAAUUUUCAAAAUGAUACACAUUUCUUUGUACUACAUGCAAUAUUGGAAACAUUUACUUAUUCCUAUAUUUUUAACUAUAUUUUUGUUGUGAUUCUACCUUGAAUUUUUCCUCACACGCAGAUAAUAAAUAUAUCCUAUGAUUACCAUUUAUAACUCAUGAUAUAGGCUUGUGUUUUGGUAUAUCUUUUUGCAUAAGUCUCUUAUUACGACCAAUUGUGAAGUAGCUACUUUGUUGUAGUAAACAAACCCAUUUUGUAUCAUCUUUACAUACAUUUAUAUAAACAACCAAUAAUGUUAAAACUUUUCUCUUCGAUGCUGCAGACACUUCAGUUAGAUAGUAUAGUUACCUUUUUCUCAUGGAUAUUGUGUUAACACCAAUAACGCAGUACAGUGUAUAUGUUCCUUUCUAAUUGACACAUAGUAAACUCUUAUCUAUGCGACCGUGUAGUAACUUACGAUGAUGACGUAAUAAUCCGUACAUCAUAUAUGAGUGUUAUUAACGCUAAUUAAGGACAUCACCUGUUGGAAUCCACUUUCAACAUCGGCAAGAAAACCGUAAACAUUACUGGCCUUACGUUAAUAUUAUCUUUUACUAGUUGGCAUAAUAUUGGUUGUUACUGCAAUAAAGGUACACGAUAUACAAUAUCGGUCGUAAUAAUUGGAUGAGAUAUCUUCUCACUAAAGUGUUCUGAGAUGGAAUGAUCUCCAACUGUCCAAUAAUUCUGUCAUGAACAGUGAUCGAAAUGAAACGAACAUGGGUAUAUAUUUAGCCAUUGCACUCAAAAAAAUCCCGCGAAAUAUUUUCUAAUUCGUCUACCGGUUCACCCUCUUAUUUUGACCUUUCUUGCCCUUUAAAAACUCUUUAUUAUGCAGACCGGGCAGAAUGAACUGAGAGGACACAGAGAUCAGCAUAUAAGCUGCAAGCCUACAAGUACAUGUGGAUGAAAUAAUAUUGAAUGUGGAGACCCGCUGCAGGCAGUCCAGUCUGCAUAUGUACAGCAUCAUAAAAUACUGGCUAUGUGAAUUUAUGUGGAUCGUCCAUCAACGAUAUAUAGAUGCUAACAGAACAAUAUUACUGAGGUGCACGCCAUGCAUAUGCACAAAAAAUAAUGUUGACUAAGCUGAGUCAAACGCCAGUGACAUAUAUCGAAACACUGAGCAAUGACAAAAGUAAUUUCAUGUACAAGUGGGGUAUCUUUGGUUACAUUUUGGUUACAUUUGGUUACAUCAAAUGUCAGUCAUAAAGUGAGAUCUAUAUACGCGGGUAUAAACAUCCAAUACAUAUUUACAUAGAUGAGAAAUUGCAUCGACCAGUGUUAUAGACCAGUGACGUCUAUUGAAAUCACUGCAUUUUUGUUCACCUUAUUCCACUUAAGCCAUGGUGCUAUGAGCCUUGCGGGAGUUAUAUUAUGUCGAUGUGGUAGCUUUUUCAGAGCUUAGUUAAAGCCCAACACCACACCUCGGAAGAUGUUCUUAAACAGUCCAUUUCUUCAGUCAGCAGAAGGGAAUCAUCUGAUUAGGUUUUACCGUUUUCAAGACGGCGUCACCCACUAUUAAAACAGACCCCGGUCGGUCCCGCCAUAUUCACACAAGACUCAUGCAUCAUGAAGAACACUCUUCCUUGUCAGACAGUGACACUUCCACCUGGCGGUAUCAGCCCCGGGGUGCAAAUGUAAGCAGACCAUUUUCAAGUCAGUCACAUGGCCUUGUUCGGGAUUGAUCACAGGGCUACCGCACACAAAUCGGGCGUUCUAACGUUUAAAAGACCAGGAAACAAGAACACGUUUUCUAGAGUUUGGCCCCUCAGUCAGGUAAGUUUUGCUAAAUUUCCUCCCGCGACAGCUGACAGAUGUAUGCGGCGAUGUGUAAGUUGUUUCAAAGUGACGAACACCUGCUCCCAAUAUCUUGACUUGCUGAUCAAUACACGCUAUUCCCCUAUUCCGUUGAACGGUGAAUUCAGUUUACGAUCAGGUCCGAAGAUGUUGAAUAUGCCCCCAAUAAACCAGAUAGUGGUUUCGAGAGGUGAAUUUAAAUACCUAUACUAGAACAUUACAGACAAUAUGGUGACAGUCAUAGACUCACCUCAUGUCUUCAUGGUUUUCGACCCAUGUAGAGUCUCAAGUGUCACAUAAAAUGCAUGAAAUUUAUGAACCACAA